AUGGAAGUCUCUAAUGAAAUAAAGGAAGAUAUUCGUAAAACGCAAUCUGAUUUAAAAAAUGCGAUACGAGUCCACCAGGUUUGGGUUGCACGUCUUCAAGAAGAUGAAAAUAAUAUGCAUCUCAUCACAAAGGUUAAAGAAGCUGAAAAAGAAAUUAUAUCCAUUGGACAGACACAAAAACUGGUUGUGGAUAGACUCCGAAGAGAAUUAGAACUAUAUCAACAAAGACUAAAAGCAAGAAAUAAGCAAAUUAAUAUUGAAAAUGAUAAUCGAUUUGUAGCUCAGCAGUUAAGAGAGCACCAACUUCAGUUUCGUAACAGGAACAGGACUCUAUUAAAACCCUCAGUGCUAAAUGAGAUUCAUGUCAAAACAGAAAACAAUGAUAAUUUGAAGGACAGCAUAUCAGAUUCAGAUAAUGAAUUGAAAUCAUCCAAUGAGAAAGAAAAUUCAAAUCACAGUGAAUCAGACGAUAGAGAAAAAUUCAGAAAUGAGUCUCAUAAACCUUCAGUUCAUGAGAGUAGAAACAAUUUUGCAAAUGCGCUUAAUAAGUUUAAGGAACAGUAUAUUGAGAAGAAACUUCAAGAAUGUGAAUGGCAGGAACAAAGAUCUGACUCAGACUCUUCUCAUGGGAUGGAGCUUUCCCCUACACCUUCACCUCCACCUUUACCACAGCCUGGAGAACCAGUUACCCAAGAGGUUUUCAUGAGACUCAUCGGUUUGGUAACGCCGUCACAAAAGGAAGUCUUGGAAAAGAAAAGGAAUGAACGUCGCAAAAGGUCUACCACCAGCACAAAUAGAAAUGAUUUCUUGUAUGGCAACUUCGAUAUGAUGCCUAAACGCAAAAAAUAUAAUCAGUUCCCAUAUCUUCAGAGUCAUAAUGAUCCACCACAAACGCGCUCAGCAAAGCUCAGAAAACAACAGAAACAUCAAAAUAAAUCAUCGAGAGAGGGCUCACCAUCAGAAUCAUCUACAGAAAAUAAAAGUAGCUGGAGUAACAAACCAGCUUGGGUGGCAUCUCUACCUGCUGGUCUAUCUGUGGAGCCUGUGUAUUCAGCAAAUAAGAAAAUUUGUCAUAGUUGUGAAAGGAAUGAUGUGCCGUCGCUGUUAGUGUGGUGUGUGGCGUGUUCAGUGUGGCAGCACACCGGUUGCGGUGUGGAGGGUAGCUGCACCACCUGUCGCACUCCGCUACCGGAGCCGGCGUGCAGUCCCCACGCGAAUCAUGAGCGCGACUCGCAGCUCUACCGAGAUAAAUUGGCUGAGCGUAAGCGGUUACAGGAAAGAAACAUCGAAUUAUGUAUAGAGUUGCGCAAACUGGAAGCUCGAGCUGCUUCACUGAAAGAGAACUUGGACGAGCACAACGCUGAGAAACGGCAACUGUUGGCCGACCAGAUCAAGACACAGAGAAACCUGCAGAAACUUCUAGACUUCAUAAGUCAGUUCAAAGAGACCUCGAUUAGUAUGCGCGCUACAUCUGCCAGCGAGUCAGGAAGUGAAAUGAGUAAAAGCAAUGAGGAAUGA